UCUAUACUCUACCCUUUCUCCGUAACCGACAUAAAUGAUUUCCAAACAUAACAUAACAUAACAUGUGCAAGACUUUCAUCAAACCAUUUGCAAAACGUCAAACAGAUGCUUGAACUAAUGGCCCAAGUUCUAUUGUGGUAACUUGGUAAGCUGAGACACCCUGUAUAGCUUGAGGAAAAUAAGGAAAAUUCAAAUUCCUGCAAUAAAUACUAGGUAUACUGGGUACCCAGAGAAGAACCCACGGAGGACGGAUUAACUAGCAGUUACGCAACAAUCCUGGAUCCUCUCGGAUACAAUAUUCCAGAUGACAUUUGUGUUCACGUCAUCAUCAGCUUGAUCAGUGUUUUUAUGGUGCCUCGUUCCUGUGUUCCCAGUUUUGAUGAUUAUUCGUGUUUUCUUCAAGUUUAGAUGUGUUCCAUGUGUUCCCACUACAAGAAUAUACGCUUCAGAUUUUCAACAAACACUGUCUGGUUUCGCCAGUUAAAGCAAAGGUUGAAGAUGAAAAAUCCCUGGCUAUUUUUUCACUAUUGUACAUCAGGAGUUCUACCCUCCUUCUCCUUACUAAUACUCUCUCUCUGCACCUUCAGUCCUUCCUGGGAGGGAGGCCUUCUUCAUAAUUCUACUCACACAGGAUAUAUCCUAUACGAGGAUGGAAAAUCUCCAAUGUUCUUGAACCCGCAUAUUCUUGCUCCUGUCAGGAGUGGUUUACUGAGUACCUGUUUAGAUAUAUCAGAUGAAAUUUACCAGAAGCUACGAGACGAGAUGCCUACACUAUCCGAGAAAUGUAUAGACCAUAGUAACGUAUAUCCAAACCAAACCGGUAUUCCACCACGCUGGUUACGGGUUCUUGUUAAAUCUAUUUCCUGUAGUUUAACUAGUCUUAUCAUCAUAGCAGCUGCUAUAAUAUUAGGUAUUGUUGGUGUUGUUUACCAACAAUCAGCUUGUCUUCUAGUAGAUUCUGUUUUGUAUUUUCUAGCUGCUGGGUCAGCUUCAACAGGACUAAUACUCUACUGGUUUGGAACACAAGAGAGACAAGAUGUUUUAUUUCGGGGACUUGAACCCUUCACUGGAUGGUGUCCAGCAGUAUCCUGGAUUGGUGUUCUAAUAUCUUUUCUCUCCUCCGCAGAGUUGGCGUACUUAACCAGAUUGAUGAAUAAACAGAAACAGAUUGAGAAUACCAGGGAGAGAUUAUCUGUGCGAAGAAAGGUUCACAUCAAACUCUGGAGAUCCAACCGGUGAUGAAGACGACUGCACUUAAAUGCCGCAAACUAUUCAUUCUGAAACAAACAUGGAUGCUAUGAACUAUAAACUAAAAUAUGUUGGCAUAACCAAGGAUUUGGAAACUUCUUUAAAACUGAAGAAGCUGAAACUUUAAACUUUAAAAUCUUUAUAUGCAUGGCAUCAAAGAGUAUGAGGUAAAACUAUGGGUCAAGAAAAGCUAGCCCGGUCUCAAUAGUUGUUGCAUAAUUUGCAUAGCUGUUUAUAUUGCUGUGAUAUAGUGUAUACAGAGUAUGGACCGUUUUGCAUGAUAAUUUUUGUGAUAUAUUAAUUAUUCUUGAAUUCAAAAGUUGGUGUAAACAUUUACUUAUCUCUCUCAAAUCUGUGAAACUCAGUAUAUGCAAAAUGAUGUGUCUUUAUGGGGUAAAUUAAAUAAUAAGUAAACAUCUUGGUAUUGUUUUUAAACUUAAGUUGGUGAGCCGGCCCACUAUUUGUUACCAUUUUCUCUAAAUUAACAUCCUACUCUUUUCUAUUCAUUGUUAUAAAAGAAUUGUCACCAAAAUAGUCUGGAACAGAGAUACGACAAAAAAACUAUGAGGAACGAAGAUAAAUGGUUUUCCAAAAAAAUGAUUGUUUUUUUCAAAUUUAAAAAUUUGUCCAAAGGACGCCGUUUUACAUCUAAGAAAGAAAUUAAUUACUCAGCACCAAAUUUUCCAGUCCUAAUAUCUUUUCAAGAUGAUAUCGCAGACCUUUGAUUUUUUUAAAUUAUAAAAUUUGGUAGAUCAAAUAGUCAAAGUUUGAAAUAUUAAAGGUUUACAUCAUCAGGUUGCAAAGAUAUGGUUUUUGAUCAUUUUGUUCAAAAGACUCCUGAUGUAAAUGUAUUUUCCCUACCUAUUUUUACCUAUUUU